AAGUGUCAAAAUCUCUACAGGGACGCCCGCCAAAACAUUUAUUUUCCUCUUUGAGUGUUUUUUAGUGCUUUAAAUGCCUUAAUUUUGUGCAAAAAUAUUCCAAGAAGUCCCCUGGACGUCCAGAAAGAUGAUUCUCUGAUAUUAAUUAAAAUAAUCACCCAAAAGAGAAAAUGAAUGGAAUUCGGCAGUAUUUUGCCACCGUGCCCAAGGAAGAGGCCUCCCGGGUGGUAGACAUUGAUGAGGAUGAGCCACAAGAGAUUCAGCCGGAUGUACAGGAUCGGAAGAAAAGUCAGAAAAUUGUCAGCAACAUGGAGUCUGUCAUUAAAUCCGUGAGAAAGAAGAAGUUGAGAAAGAAGCGCCCCAAAGGCAGUGUAUCCGGUGAUGGGGACAUCUCUGCUAUAUCUAAUAUUCUCAGCUCCAGCCUCAAUUUGAUUUCACCAAAGAAAACCCCGAGAAAACGGCGGGAAACUUCUCCGGAUGUACUCAAAGGGAAUUCUCCGGAAACAGAGGAAUUGCCAAUAUCGCUGGAUCAGGAAGUUGAAGAUCAGGAAAACAUUGUGAAUGGUGAUAAUGGGCAGAAGAAGAAUGUUUUUGAGGUGAUGAUGCAGGCUAGGGGGAAGAUAAGUCUCACUUCGACGCCAAAUGUUGGGAUUCCGGAGAAGAAGAGGCGCUUCCCUGAGGAGUUUGCUCUUGAGGAAUCCACGAAGAAGGUCAAAAGGGCAAAGAGGAGCCUCGAAGAGCUCAAUGAGGAUUCCAAAUUGGAGGAAAAACGAAAGAAACCCCCAAAAUUGAUGAAAAAGAAGAAAUUGUUUGAACUGGAUGUUGAGACUGUGGAAUUCCCGAGGAAAAAUAAAUCCCAAGAAGUUGAUCACAAUGGAACAUUUGAGAGUGAAAGGGAAGAUAAAAUUGUGCCUGAGAAGAAGGAGAAACUUCCAACGGGUGAGAAAUCACGGAAGGUGAAGAAGAAAAGGAAGAAGAUCGUGGAAGUGGAGGCUGUUGUUGUGUUCUCGUCCGAACCAGAAGGUGCCGAAGGUGUUCAGGAGCAGAGAUCAAGUGCCAGAGUCAGGAGGAAAAAGAAACGAGCAAUUGAGAGAGAUUCUUCCCCGGAAAUUGUCCCAAAUGGGAAGAUUUUGAGUUCCCGGAAACAUUCGCAGAUUGUAAAUAUGGAAGAGGAAGUUACGGAGGUUGAUUCCCCACAGAGACGCCCACAGAGAUCGUGUCGACAGAAGGUCAUCUCGUACAGUGUUGACAUGACAUUCCUGAACAGUAGUCCAGAACAGCCAAAAUCAGCGAAGAAAUCCACGAGAGAGAAGAAAAAUGACGUAGUUGUCGUUGAUGGCGCAUCCCCCAGAAGAUCCGUGAAGCUUGCACCGAUCUUUGUGAAACCUGUAAAGCUUGAAAUUGAUCCGGAAGCCCUGAGGGCAAAGCAGGAGUUCCUCAUGUCGGGAAUUCCGGAGAAAAUGCGCCAAACAAUCGAGAGGCAGAAGGCAAUUGAGGAGGAUUUUGAACUGGAACUAUUUCCACUCAUUUCUCACAUUACUCAACUUGAGGGUCGCGCACUUAGUAGGGAAGUGACCUGGAGAGCUAAAAAGAUCCCUCUUCCAUUGAAUGAUGAGUAUCUUAUCGAUGAAACUGCGCAGCAACACCCACAAUUACGCAGAGUUUGCUUAAUUGAUGGCAAUUCCAGGAAAACCGAACUGAUAAAGCCAAUUCCCGGGAAUUACUUGACUCAAAUGCAACAGUUGGCAAUUCUCAGGGAUUUAAAGAGAAGCUGCGAAGGUUUUUCCAGCAAGAAAGCUUUUGGGUUCUUCCGGAAGAGAUUUGAAAGCUUCCGAGAAGCCGCCCUUCCGGUUGCAAAGCCCAAGAAAACGUCGAGAUUGCUGAAUUCAAGCGUGGAGAUCAUUGAGGAUGUGAAGGAUCAAGCGGUGCUCUUUACGGAUAAAUAUCGUCCUGAAAGCUGUGAUGAGUUUUUCAUCAAUAAUUCCCCUGCUGUGCAACUAAAGGACUUCCUGGAGUCCUUCCAGGUCGACUCAUCUCGCCUCAAUGGCACAUUUGAGAGCUUCACAGGCACUGAUUCCAGCAGUUGCUUCUCCAACUCCUGCUGUGUCGUUCUCUCAGGACCAUGCGGGAGUGGAAAGAGUGCCUCAGUGGCCGCUGUGGCAGCUCAGCUGAACUUCAAUGUGUUGGAAGUGAAUGCCGGGAUUCGAAGGACGGGGAAGCGUCUUCUGCAGGAACUCCAGGAAGCCACUCAAUCACACAAAGUAGCCAGAGGGACGCAAGAUAAUCCCUCGCAGAAGUUCUCCCUGAUUCUCAUUGAGGACGCAGAGAUUGCCUUUGAACAGGAUGAUGGCUUUAUUGGGGCUAUUAAUCAAAUUGUAGCUGAUUCCAAGCGGCCAGUGAUCCUGACAACAACAGAACCAAAUUGUUCCCAUCUCGCUCGUUUUAUGGCCAUGAAUGUCAUCCAUUUCGCACCGCCGCAUCCGGAAGAUGUGUCCAAGUGGUUCACCCUGAUGGUCCUGGCCGAAGGGAUUCACAUCAAUGAGGCAGAUGUGCGGGAUCUCUACGCGUUUUGUGGGCACGAUGUGCGGAAGACGAUGAUGGAAUUGGAAUUUUUUACACGUUCCGGUGGGGAUGCAGCUGAAGCAGCUCAGGGGGCAAAGUACGUGCAUGUAGAGCUCAAUAAGUCUGUAAAGGCAGCUGGGCUCCGGAGUGCCUCCUACGAUACCUUGUGGAGUAAUACAGGACAGUGGUUGGAGGAAGUUGGCAAAGGGGGAAAAGUGGAGGAUUUUGCGGAGUUUUAUGAUGUUAUUUCGACGUGUGAAGUGCUAAGUUGUCGUUUGGAGGAGGAUGAGGUCACCCAGUGCCUCCUGGAGGGAGCUGUGGGGAAAAGAGGGAUUCCACUUGAUUCUUACAACCCCUUCAUCAGGCCGCGAGAUGUUCAAAGAUCCUCCCUGAGUUCAGGUGCCAGCAGUCGGGUAGCGCAUCUGGAUUACGAACCAAUUCUACGGGGUAUCUGCAGGAGUGAACAGGAAAAGGCAUCCCGGGAGAGGAAGUCUUCGAGAUUUUAUCACUAUCUCCGACAAAUUGUUAGUGAUGCUUCCAAUGAAGUGUUUGAAAGGCAUUGUAAUAUUUUUUCUUGAAACUCUUUGUGGUUUUUGUAAAUAAAUAAAUAAAUUAAUUAAACAAGAAA